ACCCAACUGGGCACUGUGCUUCCCAGCACCGUGCUUCCCAGCACUGGCACCAUCUCCCAUCGGCAUCUCCAGUCACAGCGAGGUGUGGCUGAGCCUCAGUUCCCUGUUCCUUGGCUGUGACAGCCCCAAUCCAUCACUGCAGGGCUGAUGGGUCCACACCGGGGUAUUUAAGGGAAGUCACGGACAUGAGUAGGGAUGGGCAGAGGUUGCAGAGCGAUCUGGCUGAUGGGCACCAGUGCUUGGUGGGGUGAGUGCAUAUCCUGGCCAGCAGUAGGGACCCUGCUCCUCCCCAGGCAGUGAGAUAAGGGUGCUCCUGCCCCAAGGAGUGGGGCUGUGCUGCCAUGACAGUCUCCUACACACUGAAAGUCGCCAACUCCCGUUUUGGGGGCUUCUCCAAACUGCUUUUCCGCUGGAAGGGCAGCAUCUACAAGCUGCUCUACAAGGAGUUCAUCGUCUUUGUGGUGCUGUAUGCACUGCUCAGCAUCAUCUACCGGCGGCUGCUGACUGAGGAGCAGAAGCGUCUCUACACCAAGGUGGCUCAGUACUGCAACCGCUCCACGGACCUCAUCCCCAUGUCCUUUGUCCUAGGCUUUUAUGUCACCCUGAUCGUGAAUCGGUGGUGGGCACAGUACACCAGCAUCCCGCUGCCUGACCAGCUCAUGUGUGUCAUCUCCAGCAACGUCCACGGCAAGGACGAGCGGGGUCGGAUCCUGCGGCGCACCCUGGUGCGCUACGCCAACCUGUCGGCCGUCCUCAUCCUGCGCUCCGUCAGCACCAGGGUGCUCAAACGCUUCCCCACCAUGGACCACGUGGUGGAAGCUGGCUUCAUGACGCAGGAUGAGCGCAAGCAGUUUGAGAGCCUGUACUCGGACUUCAACAAGUACUGGAUCCCCUGCGUCUGGUUCACCAACCUGGCAGCCCAGGCACGGCGCGAUGGCCGCAUUCGUGAUGACGUUGCCCUGCGUCUGCUGAUGGAUGAGCUGAACCUGUUCCGGGCGAAGUGCAGCAUGCUGUUCCACUACGACUGGAUCAGCAUCCCGCUGGUGUACACACAGGUGGUUACCAUUGCUGUGUACUCCUUCUUUGCCUUCUGCCUCAUUGGGCGGCAGUUCCUGGAGCCGCUGGAGCCAGGGCAGGAGGGGGACCUGGAUAUGUACAUCCCCCUCUCUACCCUCCUGCAGUUCUUCUUCUACGCUGGCUGGCUGAAGGUUGCAGAGCAGAUCAUUAACCCUUUUGGGGAAGAUGAUGAUGACUUUGAGACCAAUAAAUUGAUAGACAGAAACCUGCAGGUGUCCCUGCUGUCAGUGGAUGACAUGUACCAGAACCUGCCACCAGCCACCAAGGACAAGUACUGGAAUGAGUCCACUGCUCAGCCCCCCUACACCAUAGCCACUGCUGCCGAGACCCUGAAGCCCUCCUUCCUGGGCUCCACCUUUGACAUGCGCAUGACCGAGGACAUGGAGCAGAGCCAGACGGUGGAGGCCUCGCCAAACAUGGCCCGCACGCAGACCCCGCUGCUCAGCCGCUUCCUCGCCGCCGCAUCCCCUGCCAUCAGCAUCAAAAAUUUUGGUCGAGGCGGCCGAGCCACCCCUCACCUGCGGCGUGCCAGGGGGGACAGCACUGCCCACUGCGAGGACCCCGAGGCCGUCGGCCGCAUCGAGGAGGAGGAGACGGAGGAUGAGGAGAGCCAGAGGGGCAGCCCCUGCUCCCCAAAGGCCUCCAAUAAGCAGAAGGAGAAGCUGCCACUGAUCCAGGUGGAGGCACCAUCCAGAGAGAGCAUCGAAGCUGAGCAGCCGGGGGCUGGGGAGCCAUGAGGAGGUGGGAGAGCCCUGUCUCA